AUGUUUGAACAAGAACGUGUUGAACGCGUCCAAACACCACUCAAGCCAACAGCACCCAAGGUAGAACCCAAAACAACACCCAAUGCAGGACCCAAGAUAACAGCACCCAAGGCAACACCCAAGGCAAUAGCACCCAAGAUAUCACCCAAAGCAACAACACCCAAACCAACAUCACCCAACACUCAAGACAUCACCCAAACCAACAUCCCCCAAGACAACAGCACCCAAGGCAGCACCCAAGGCAACAACACCGAAAACAACACCCAAGACAGCACCCAAACCAACACCCAAGACAACAGCACCCAAACCAACACCCAAGACAACAGCACCCAAAUCAACACCCAAGACAUCACUCAAACCAACACCCAAGACAUCACCCAAACCAACACCCCAAGCAACAUCCCCCAAGACAGCACCCCAACCAACACCCAAACCAACAUCCCCCAAGGCAGCCCCCAAGACAACAGCACCCAAGGCAGCCCCCAAGACAACAACACCCAAACCAACACCCCAGGCAACACCACCAAAACCAACAUCACCCAACACUCAAACCAACAUCACCCAAACCAACACCCCAAGCAACACCCGUCUUAA